AUGAAAAAGAAAUCCCAUCCUAAGGUUCCACUCGAAGACAAUCCAACACCUGCACCACAUCCAGCUCGAGGAGUUUAUGGGUUUGCUCUCUACAUUGUUUCUUGGUGCUUACUAAUUUGCUACUUAUUCUGGGCUAUCGUUCCUACUCCAAUACUCAAUAGAUUAGGUAUCACAUACGUGCCUGCAAAGUAUUGGGCUAUUGCUGGUCCUUUGCUUUUUCCUCUUGGUGUGACAUCUUACGUUUGCAUUAUAUUCGGAAUAAACAUAAUCCGAUUCCGUGGAUAUAGAAUUUUGGAUAACGUUGAGUACAUUGAGCACGAUUUUGGAGAACGUGCCGGCUUCCAAGGAUUGCCCGCUGAAGAAGCUAGGCUAGAGCUGAUUAGCAAACUCGCUGUAAAAUGA